CUCACCGUCCGACUCCGCGAGUGCGAGUGAGUGAGUGUGAGAGCGAGUGAUGCGCCGUCGUGCAGGAAAACAUGGCGUAAAGUGAGUGCGUUGCACAUGUGUCAGUGAUUUCGGAUAAGGGGUCAGUUCCUAAGUUCAUCAAGUUGGUUGGAUCAAUUGAGUAGAAGUAAGCUCUGUCUUAUAAAGCAUACAUUAUAAAUAGACCAUUAAAAAAGAAUAGAUCAUGGUUUGCAAAGCUGGUGAAAAGAAUCCAGUGAAAGUAUGUGAUGUUCAAUUUAAUAUGCCUUCCGAGGCUAAUCAUAAACUUUGCACUAGCAAAUUUUCCUUAUAUGUAACUACAUGCGUAAAAGAACUCUACAGCUAUGUUGAAGAAUAUUAUCACAUGCGACCAGACAGCUUUAAGUUGCUUCUAUUUACGCCACACCAAACGUACGAUUUAUCUAAUUCGAAAGACAAAACGAUGGAACAGAUUGGAGUGGAUUUCUCAGUUGAUCCGAGUCUACCUGAAACGAAAAAUACUCUAUAUGUCGUUGAUCCAGCAGAGCCCUUUGUUAUUGAUUUAAGAUCAUUGAAGAACCUGGAUUACAAUUUGCCAACGUUUAAUCUCACAGGUGCCUCACCGUCCCUUCAGCCAAGAUGGACUGAAGAAAAUGUUAGAGAAGACAUUAGGGAAGACGUUAGGGAUGGUAGAGAAGAAGUUAAUUUCAAAAGUUUUAUUAAAACUGAAACAAGCUACGUUGGUUUAGUCAAUCAAGCAAUGACUUGUUACUUGAACAGUCUUCUCCAAGCUUUAUACAUGACACCAGAAUUUCGUAAUGCACUAUACAAUUGGGAAUAUGUGGAUGGUUCAGAGAAGGAUGAAGCUCUAAGCAUACCAUAUCAAUUACAGAAAUUAUUUCUCAAUUUACAGACAUCUACAAGAUCUGCAGUAGAAACUACAUCUUUAACGAAAAGCUUUGGAUGGGAUUCUACCGAAGCAUGGCAACAGCAUGAUAUUCAAGAGCUUUGUAGAGUGAUGUUUGAUGCAUUGGAACAAAAAUUCAAAAAUACGGAACAAGCAGAUCUAAUCAAUAGACUUUAUGAAGGAAAAAUGAUCGAUUACGUUAAAUGUCUUGAGUGUGGGACAGAGAAAUCAAGAGAAGAUACAUUUCUUGAUAUCCCCUUACCUGUUAGACCAUUUGGAAGCAAUGUUGCAUAUAACAGUGUGGAAGAAGCAAUUAGAGCAUUUGUUCAAUAUGAAACAUUGGAAGGAGCUAAUCAGUAUCAUUGUGAAAAAUGCAAUAAAAAAUGUGAUGCACAUAAAGGAUUAAAGUUUACGAAAUUUCCAUAUCUAUUAACAUUACAUCUGAAACGGUUUGACUUCGAUUAUAAGACUUUCCACAGAAUCAAGCUUAACGAUAAAGUCACGUUCCCAGACAUAUUAAAUUUGAACUCUUUUAUCUCGUCCACGAGUCAAGAAUCUCCAAGUGGUGAAGAAGACAUUGGCUUAGGUAUCAAAUGCGAUGACAGUUCCACAACAGACAGUGGUACAUUAGAUGAUGAUUGUGCGCCGUGCGACAACAGCCUUUCCAACAGUAAUCAUUCAGCCAGUCAUGAUCAAGAUGAUGAUGAAGGUAUUGAUAUGAGCAACGGACCGUCGACAUCGAAUUGUACGACGCAUAAUCAUGAAAACGAAAAGAAUCGCGGUACUUAUAUGUUGGGAAAAGGCCCGUACAUGUAUGAAUUAUUUUCAAUUAUGAUUCAUAGCGGCAGUGCGAGCGGAGGUCAUUAUUAUGCCUAUAUAAAAGAUUUUAGGACUCAAGAAUGGUUAUGUUUUAAUGACCAAAGUGUAACUCAAAUAACUUACGACGAUAUCCAGAAAACAUAUGGCGGUGGACCUUCGAGGGCGUAUUAUAGCGGUGCAUAUAGCAGCAGUACGAAUGCUUAUAUGCUCAUGUAUAGGCAAAUUGAUCGUACUCGUAAUACUCUACCUAUGCAAACUCAAGAUUUUCCACGACAUAUUCAGGAGUUAUUGAAAAAAAUGAAGGAAAGUGAAGAUAAUGACAAAAAAAAUCGUGAAAAGCAAAUGUCUAUACCUAGAUUGAAAGUGUACUGUCAUCAUCCAGUAGAAGGAAAAUUGAUGAAUGUCAAAUUAUAUGUUAUGCCUGAUAUUACAUGGGCUGAAGCAACAGAGAAAGCAUAUAAGAAAUUUGGUCUUGAAAAUGUAGUGAGUCUGGAUCAAUGUCGUUUAGUUAGUUAUGAACAUAAUACUGAUUUAAUAGAAUGUAGUUACGAUGAUCGAGAGCAUGAACCUGUUGGGUAUAUAUGGCGUCUUUCACGUCGAUUUGAUUUAUUGUUAGAAAUUCGUCGCAAAGAUCAAAAGUUUGAGACGUAUUUACCAGGUGGAGUUGCAACCAAAGUAUUUGUCAUAGACGUAGCCCGAGAAGAAAUAAUUGAUGGUCCGAUCGAUAUCAGAGGUUUAUUGUCACAAAGUGUCAAAGAAUAUAAACAAACCGUAGGAAAAAUUGUUAAUAUGGAUCCUAAACAAAUGAAAGUAAUGUUACAAAAAUUUCCGGAAACCAGGCCAGUAGAAAAUGAUGAUAGUGAUCUUCAGACUGAAGGAUUUUAUAACGCGAAUAAAGUAUUCAUAUCAACGAUGUAUGAUAUAGAUAAUAAUAAACCUUUUCAAGAAUCAACGGUACACAGAAUAAUAGAGAGUUUUAGAUAUGUUUUCUUUUUACAUGUUCAGUUACCAGAUACCAGUAAAGAAACAUUGGAAGAAUUAAAUAUUCCAUUGUUAGAUGAUAAAUAUGAGGAAAACGAAAAGCCUGUUACUGGUCCAUCUAAACUUGGCUCUAUUGACUCAUAUUGGGACGCUAAAUACAGUGAAACAUUGAAAGGUACACGAGGUAACGAUGAUGUCACCACACGAAAUAUAAGUCCUCAGUUAGGGGAGGUUGAGGAAUGGAAUACUCCAGAACAGAGUAACAGUGAAGAUAGUAGCCUUAGCGAUAGUGAUAAGACGUUGGUUGGUGAUGCACCGGAUGAUAUCGAAAUUGAAGUAGAAUCGUGGCAGUACAAUCAUAGGCGAAACUUUAGAGAUAGGCGAAAAAAUAAAAUUUCAAGGCAAUUCGAAAUAGAAAAUUGGGAUGUUGAUGACGAGUCUGAUUAUUAUUUUAGAGCUACACCAUAUGCAGAUAGUACUCAACAAAAACUACUUAAAGUAUUAGUGGAUAAAAGAAUGAGAUUGAGCACUUUGAAGAAAGAUUUAGAACCAUUUGUAGGUGUACCUGUGGAGUAUUUUAAAGUUUUUCGUCAAUCAAAUUCUGGUGAAUCAGAAUGCAGUUGUUUGACAGAGCAGCUUAAUUCAUAUGAUGAUGGUGAGAGACUUAAUGUAAAACUCGGGCGAGCCUUGCGUAAUGGAGAAUUUAAAGUAAAAUUGUAUCAGCUACUGAUUAACUCUAUAGAGCCUUAUAAAUUCUUAUGUGAAUGGAUUGUCUCGAAAGAUAUGACGGUUGGGCAUGCGAAAAAAGAGAUAUUGGCAGAAAUAAAGAGAAAAUAUGAUGUAGAUAUACCAUAUGAAAAAUGCCGGCUUAGGAAAAAAUAUUGUAAGACAGCCUCGAAAGUAUUUCUGAAUGAACAGAAGUUUGAGGAUCUCCGAUUUCAUUCACAAUUUGAAAUGAUUGUUCAAGAGCUACCAGAUAAAGAGACGGUCACAGACACUAAUCAGAUUGUCCUGUUCGUCAGAAGGUGGCUGCCAGCAAAAUUGAUAUUGGGACAAUUUCAAGAAAUUGUCAUGGAUAAUAGAACCGUCGAAGAACUGAAAAAGAAACUUUCCUCAAUAUCAGAUAUUCCGGAAGAGCACAUAGAUAUAGCAAAGGGGAAAGGUAUUUUUCCAUGUGACAAUUCUGUGCUGCGGAUCCAAAAUGAGCACGAUUGGAACGAACAUCACGAUAGUUUAUCUUUUAAUUUUGAAGAUGGUGCCGUCUUCUUGUACAGGGACAAUAGGGAAAAACCAAAACAUUUAAAUCCUGAUGAGGUAAUGGAAAUCGCUCUUAAGGAAAAUUCACGCUUAACACCACUUUCUACUACUUCGAGUUACAGUCCACGUCGGGAGAGAGCACUUAAAAUAUAUUUGGAUACCGAAUGAUCGUCCAUAGAGAGAUAGCGUCAAUCUCCUAAAAAUGAGUUGCUAAAUAGACAGAUGUGUGAACACAAAACAUUUUUGCAUAAAAUAUUUGCGUAUUGGAUAUUUGCAAAAUCACAUUUUCUCAAUACAAUAUUUCCUCGAAUGCCAAAUGUUUUGUGUUCCAAUGAGUCUUCAGCAUUUCAAAGCUUCCGCGUUCCUAAAAGUUUAUGGUUUUUUCAAAACUAUUGAAUUUUUGAAAGUGUUUGAAUUCAUGAAUUGUUAUAUAGUAACAUAUAAUUCGGAAUCUCGGUAUUUACACCUGAUUUCGAGAUUUCUAGACUUCAUAUGAAGUGUAAAAUAUUUUCGAUAUCGCCUGGUCUGUUGAAUCAGUUUUCCAUCUAUAGAAUCAAACUAAGCAGCACAAUUAAUCAUAAAAAAAACUUAAUUAUACAGCGAUGAGAACAAAUGUUAUGAUUUAAUGAAAAUUAUCCUUUCACAUGCAUGACUUCUCAAUAAUUUGCGUGGCAACUUGUGUUCCUGUUACUCUACUAUUUUUGCGAAUCUGUUCGGUUUUCUCUAUUGAAUGUAGGGAAACUUUUAUAUAUCUAUUAAAAUGUAUUUAUAAAAUUAUAUAAAAUAACAGCUUUGUGCUUUUUUAUUGGAAUAUACUUAUCUGUUUAGUAUUAUAUACAAAAGUUAUUCUCGACAAUACUUUGUCACUUAUAUGCCACAAUGACGAUUAACUUGUAUUUUUCUAGUGUAUUAAACUUAUGAAUUUGCUACUGAAACUUUAAUAAGUUUUAUCAAUCAUUUUAAUCUAAAAUGUGUGUAUGUGUAUAUAUAUGGCAUUUUAACUUGACAAUUAUUUAAUAACUUAUGUUAUCACGUGUAUGUUUUAUUGUUUUCAAUUAACUGAUGUAAUUAAUAAUGCAUGAAUUCAAAAAUAAUGCCAGAAAAAAAUUAUUUUUCAGACAGAGAUCUUAAUAAAGAAAUGGAUAAUUUAUUACCAAGAAACCACGUUUUCCCAUUUCUCACUGUAUUAUUAAUAUACAUGAAACUCGAGCAAUUUUGUUGUUCAAUUUACAUUUGAUUAUCGCUUGUAUUUUAAGAUAUAUACAUAUCAUUACAUCAUCUUUGCAGUAACAUUAAAUAUUGAGAAUAACUUUUUAUAGGUUCAGAAAACGUGUAGGGAAAUGUUUUGGCUUGAAAGUGUGAAACAUUCAUUGCUUUAGCUGCUAAUAUUUAUUUGCUUGGAAACUGCUUUUUGUUGAUUUUUUUUUCUCAUAAAGAUGAAAGAUUGAUUGAAGUAGACCAAGUGAUAAUUUGAUAGUUCUAUUUGUUGCAUCUUAAUUUAUUUUGUUAUCCUCUAUUAACGUUUUAUUUAUAAUUUUGAAGUUAAGCUUCACACAUCGUCUGAUCAUUUUUAUAACCGUUGAACGAAGAAAAUGUCGAUGCUGAUAUUAUCUUUUAGCAAGGUAGAUACCAAUGAAGGCAGUGAGCUUUUGAUCUUUUUCUUGUGAAUGUUUUUUUGAAUGUGUUAAUUGUAAGAUCAUGGAAUACAUCUCUCUAGACAUGGAUAUACAGAUUGUAAUUUGAAACUCUUUAAUCAAUCGGCGAUCAAAGGUUAUUCUCUGUAUAAUACACUGAAGUUAUAAAACGAAUUAUAUUUAUAAUUAUUAACAAUGAAAAAUUGAAGUGUCUGAA